GCGUUAAAGAAACGUGCGUGAGAGCGUGUUAGGCGCGUGAGUGAGUGAGUGUGCGUUUGACAGAGAUGGAGGAGGAGCGUCCUCGCUUGGAGCAGCGCGCGGACGGACGGUUAGAGAGGAGCACGGGGACCGCAGCACGCGCUCCCAGCCUGCAUCUAUAGGUCAUCUAUGUAGAUUGAUCUACGAGACGUUACUGAAAUCUCUCAGGAGUGAAGCUGCCGACCUCACCGCUCCAUUACAUCCCGAAUCCUGGUGGGAUCAUUGGUGACCUUUGUUGCUGCCCUCAGCGGUCCCUGUUUUCCUCCUACUCUUCCUCCUUAUCCCUCUCCUCCCCUUUCUUAAACUCCCCUCCCCUCCUCCUCUGUGUCUCACAGCCCUGGGCUUAUUACUCAAACCCACUGAAGGGAGCAACACAGUAGCUGGCAAAGGAUGAGGUGGAUCAGCCUGCCAACACCAGACAGAGGAUAGAAAACACAAAAGGACUAGCGAAGGGAAGAGAAUCAGCGAGAGAGACAGAGAGGACGACUAGGGGAGAGAGCUACAACAUUCAAGAUGCCACGCCGAAGGAAAAACACAAGUUUCACUUGAGCGUCAUGAGCUAGCAAGGGGCCCCUAACAGAUCUAGAACUGUGGACUUCGUCUUAACAAACUUCUCCGUCUCCCCCCCCACACACACACACACACACAAGUUGUGGAGACACACACUCCUGCUCCCUGGGGCUCCUGUUAACACCUGAUAUGCCUCUGUAAGAAGUGUGAGCCAUGCCAGCCAAGGGGAAGUACCUGCUGAAUGACCAGGAGCUGAAAAAUGAGGCACUAUACCGCAAAUUCUCUUGCAUCAGCCAGUAUCAGCCGCUGGUGCUCCUGCUGGGCCUCUCCAUGCUCUCCUGUGGAAUCAUCCUCAUCCUCUUCUUUGCCCUUCAACUGAGUGCAAAGGAGCACUGUGCCUUUGUGAGCGUGGUGAGCGGCAGCCUGUGUGUGUUUCUGGCCGUGUUUGUGCUGGUGAGUACAGAGAUGAUCUCACAGAGAUGGAGGCGUCUGCUGGGUCUGAUUGUAUGGGCCACACACCUCACAAUGGGCUACACCUUCAUCUUCUGCGGCCCCAUCAUCCUGCCUUGGGACCAGGUGCCUUUCUUCCUCUUCAUCAUCUUCACCGUGUACACCAUGCUGCCAUUCCAGUUGUGUUACGCUGUGGUGCUGAGCGUCAUCUCCUCACUCUCCCACAUCUUGGUCCUCACACUGCGCCUCACCAUUGACAACAAACCGCCCACUCCUGACCUUGCCAACCAGCUGCUGUCCAAUGCAGUGGUGUUUCUGUGUGGCAGUGUGGUGGGAGCCUUCCAUAAGGUCCUGAUGGAGAAAACCCUGAGGCAGACCUUUCAAGACACCUUGAGGUGCCUGAGCAUGCGGAUGAAGCUGGAGAUAGAAAAGAGGCAACAGGAGAACCUGCUGCAGUCUGUGCUGCCAGUCUACAUUUCCAUGAAGAUGAAGCUGGCAAUCAUGGAGCGCCUGCAAGACUGUAAAGACAAAGAAGAGCAACAGCGACUCGUCAAAGAUAACAACUUCCACAGUCUUUAUGUAAAGAGGCACGAGAAUGUCAGUAUUCUAUAUGCCGACAUUGUUGGCUUCACCCGAUUGGCCAGUGACUGUUCUCCCAAAGAGCUUGUCGUUAUGCUCAAUGAAUUGUUUGGCAAGUUUGACCAAAUUGCCAAGGAAAAUGAAUGCAUGAGAAUCAAGAUCCUUGGAGAUUGCUAUUACUGCGUAUCAGGGCUGCCAGUCUCUCUGCCUAAACAUGCCAAGAACUGCGUCAAAAUGGGCCUGGACAUGUGUGAAGCCAUCAAGCAGGUACGGGAGGCCACAGGAGUGGAUAUCAACAUGAGAGUGGGCGUGCACUCGGGCAAUGUGCUCUGCGGUGUCAUUGGCCUUCGCAAGUGGCAGUUUGAUGUGUGGUCACAUGAUGUCACGCUGGCCAAUCACAUGGAGUCAGGAGGCCUUGCAGGACGUGUCCACAUCACAGAGGCGACUCUGAAGCACCUGAAUAAGGCUUAUGAAGUGGAAGAAGGCAAUGGCCACCUCAGGGACCCCUAUCUAAAAGAGCUCAAUGUCCGAACCUACCUAGUCAUUGAUCCACGGUCUAAGGACCCAUCAUCGAACAGUCGUAGCGCGCCUAAACCUCGGAUGAACGAUGGUCUGAAGAUGCGGGCGUCCGUGCGUAUGACCCGUUACCUGGAAUCUUGGGGGGCAGUCAAACCUUUUGCCCACCUUCAGAACCGAGAGGGCUUCACCCCAGACGCCAUUGUCAAUGGCAAGACACGCUUCAAGGACAUCCCUCUGCGAUCAGCCCCCGGUUCCAAGAUCACUGAGAGCUUUGAUGAGUCUCUAGAAGAACCGUUCUCCUUGCCUACCCCUCCAUUCAGCAGUUAUAAGAACAAAUCCCAGAAGAGUAAGUUUGAUGAGGAGCUGCACAAUGAGAUGACUACUACCAUAGAUGAGCUCAGCAGCAAGCAGUGGUCUAAGUCUGAGGAGAGUGGCAGCUUAGCUCUGUGGUUUCCAAAGAAAGAUCUGGAAAAACAGUACCGAGCCCUGGAUUUGCCAAUGUUCAAACACUAUGUUGGCUGUGCCACCUUCAUCUUCCUCUGCAUCUUUUUGGUUCAGAUGUUUGUCACAAAGGACCGACAGAUGUUGGGGAUGUCAUUUGGAGUGUUGGUUUGUGUGCUACUACUGACCCUGGCCAUCUGUUUCGCAGGUCACUUACAGCACCUGGUUCCAGAGAAGCUGUCAAGGUGCCAGUGGCUGCCAGCUGUGUCGGAGGCGGUGGUAAAGCGGCCAUGUGUGCGCCUCCCUCUGGCCACCAUCACUACUACGGUCAUCAUUAUCUUGGCUGUGUUCAACCUGUGCUUUGUCCAAACACGUGUGACAGAAUGUUCCGGCGAUAUUGCUGACCUGCCUCACAAAAAUGAUUCCCACGAGGAGGGAUUACAGGGAGAUCUCUUCUACCUGCCUUACUCCGUGUACUGCUGUAUCCUAUCGCUCAUUGCAUGUGGAGUCUUCCUCCGAGUGAGUUUUGAGCUCAAAGUGCUCUUCCUCACCCUGGCCUCCACAGCAUACUACAUCAUCAUCCUCAGCACCAAGAGAGAACUCUUCGUCGUCUACGGAAACGAACUCUACACUCAGAUCAACAGCAACUGGAACUGCAGCAGCAGAGAAGAUGGAUCUAUCCUGAGAGGGUUAGGGCUGGUGAAACACCCCCAGGUGAUGAGCUGCAUAUACAUCACCCUGUUCCUGGUCACUAUGCUCAUCAUCUCACAACAGAAUGAGUCCUGCUUCCGCCAGGACUUCCUGCUAAAGUAUAAGAACCGCACAGAGCAGGACGAGAUCGAGACCAGGGAGAACCUGAACCGCCUGCUGCUGGAGAACGUGCUGCCGGCUCACGUGGCAGCUCUGUUUGUCGAGGAGAAUAAAAAGAAUGAGGACCUUUACUACAAGUCCUACGACUGUGUGUGUGUGAUGUUCGCCUCAGUGCCGGAUUUCAAAGAAUUUUACACUGAGUGCGAUAUCAACAAGGAGGGCUUGGAAUGCCUGAGGCUCCUGAACGAGAUCAUUGCUGACUUUGACGAGCUGCUGUCCAAGCCCAAGUUCAGCGGUGUGGAGAAGAUCAAGACAAUUGGCAGCACUUACAUGGCUGCUGCAGGGCUUAGUGGGACGCCUGGUCAGGAGAACAAUCAGGACAGAGAGCGACAGCAGGCGCAGAUAGGGAACAUGGUGGAGUUUGCCAUCGCUCUGAUUGGCAAGUUGGAUGGCAUCAACAGACAUUCCUUCAAUAGCUUCAGGCUCCGUGUGGGCAUUAAUUACGGCCCAGUGAUAGCUGGAGUGAUCGGGGCGAGGAAACCUCAGUAUGACAUAUGGGGCAACACAGUUAACGUAGCCAGCAGAAUGGAGAGCACAGGGGAGCUCGGAAAGAUCCAGGUAACAGAGGAAACGUCUGACGUGCUGCAGAAGCUGGGCUACUCAUGCGAGUGUCGAGGAUUCAUCAACGUGAAGGGGAAAGGGGAGCUGAAAACCUUCUUUGUGUGUACCGACAUGAGCAAGCAGCAAGGUAUGGGGCUGAGCUGAGGCCAGGCCGCCACAGCCGACAGAGCUGGAGACAGUCUCGUGUAGUUUAUAGACUCCUGCGCGCCACAAGUGUUGAGAGAGAACUGACUGUAAUACAGCUGUGUUCCUGUGAUGUUGCUGCGUAUUAAGGAGGAAGUGCUGGAUGUCGCACUGAACCAACACUUUCUACUCUGGACUUGUUGGGACAGAUCAGUACGUACAAUCACCAUCUUUUUUCUAUUCACAAACACAUUUACGUCCAGUGAUCAGUCAUUUUUGUACUUCUUUGUCUUUAAUUUAGAUGUUGUUUGGGAUAGAAAAACAGUGUAUUGUACUAAUGCCAAAUACAUUUGUGUAGUUUUUGAAGACCUCUUUGGUCCUUUAAAAACAAAACAAUGGAUUCUGUUUGAAUCAUAAUUUGAAACCCAUCUGAUUAAACUGUUUGAGCAGGGAUGGACACACUGCUGUUACUGUGUAAUGAGCAUGACAUUUGUGAACUGUUUCAACAUGAAAAACAGGCUGUACGGAAGAUAAAGAUAUAGAAAAACUCUUUUCUUGCUCCUUCCUUUGGGACAUACUCACAUAACGAAAAGUAGUAAGUUUCUGGCCUAGCUGCAAAUCCUAGUUACUGUAUCCUCAACCCCUUUGAUUGCCCAAUAAGUUUAGGUUCUGGUUUAAUAAUUGUAUAUGUGAGCAUCUUUUAGGUUCCAGCUGUGUAUUUUGGCCAGAAUAACAACUGUUUAAUGUUACAUAUGACAAGAUAUUUGCUGCGUUUCAGGAGGAAAUAGAAAAAUCCAUGUGCUGUAUGUAUGUCAUCUGUUAGUGUUUAUCCUGCUUGUCUGCAUGAAUGCUGCGAUGAGGGAAACCUGUGACGCUCUCCUUGGUGUCCUUAGUCUGUGUGAUCGAACAACCUGCCUGCUGUGAAUGUUUUUCUGUGUCCAGCUCAGAUGAUCACCUGAACUGAAAACUUGAUUUGUCUUGUGGCCUUAUCUUUUUGAGACCAUCAUCUUGUCUGUAAUUGUGAUUACAUAAUAAUAAUAAUAAUAAUAAUAACAACAUAUUGGCCUUUAUGUGAUUAAAUGUGACAUUGAUUUUUGUACAGUUACAGAAUGUAAUAAAUGUUUGCAGUUUGUCAUGCAAUAUUUCACAGGAGCAAAGUUUUAUAUAAAAAAGGGUUUAUUGAUUUAAAUGCAUACAAAUGUCACAAAAAGGACCUUUUGUACAAAACUUAAGUUAUUAAACUGUAGGGAUGGUUGGAAUUUCAUUAUACAGCGACGACUGGAACCGUAUCCUGACAACUGGACAAGGUCUCCAUUGGUUCAGCCAUCUCCUGCACUGAAAACAUUGAAAAGUAUAAUUAGAUGUGCUAAAUUCUUGCUGAAACUCUAUUUUUAAGCUUGGACUCUGCAUUCCAAAUAACAGACUAAUAAAUGUUAUUCAACACAA